AUGUCCAGGGCAGCACAUCGAAGGGCAGGAUUGCGCCCGGAUGAAACAGGUUAUGUUGAACUUCAUGGAACUGGGACCAAAGUGGGCGACCCCAUUGAAAUGGAAGCCGUUGCUCGUGUUUUCCAACGACGCGAUGAUGUACCAACCCUAGUCGGCGGCAUUAAACCCACACUCGGUCAUAGUGAGGAAGCAAGCUGUAUCUCUAGCAUUAUCAAGGUAGUUCUUGCAUUGGAGAGAAACCUUAUCCCUGCGACUAUUGGAGUGGAAAAUGUCAAUCCCAGCAUAAAGCUCAGCGAAUGGAAUGUAGACAUCGUUCGCACGAAUCGAGAAUGGCCGAACGCUGCGGUUCAUCGGGCGGGCAUCAAUUCGUUCGGGUUUGGGGGUGCUAAUGCACAUGCAGUUAUUGAAGCUGGUCCUUCUCGAGCCCUAAAUGGUGGCCAUAAUACGGCGGUAGUGAAAGAAAAUGGCAAAGGCGAUAGUCUGUGUCAGUAUGGUGACGCUGUUGCAGACAAGCACGUCGAUUUCCCUGGCAUCUACCUUUUCUCUGCCAAUACUCGCGAUUCACUCAUGAAGCAAUUCGAUGGUAUUGUCGAUUACAUCAGUGACAAAGGGGUUGACUUGCAAGCGAACGAUCUAGCAUACACACUCAACUGCCGUCGAUCACAACUUGGGACCCGGGGCUUCUUAGGUGCACGAACAUCCUCUUUGUGCAACGAACCAAGCUCUCUUCUUCCCACCAUUCAACCUAAUCGACUUCCCGAGAAAAGAGAUUUGAGUUUUGUUUACACUGGCCAAGGCGCCCAGUGGUCUGGUUUCGGUCUUGAAUUCCUUGGCCAAUUCCCCUCCUUUCGACAGUCGAUUAGAACCUUCGACCGGUGCCUUCAGACACUUGACAAAUCGGUUCGGCCGCCGUGGACCAUAGAGAAGACGAUUUUGGAAAAAGAAACGGAUGUAAUCAACCGCGCUGAUCGUUCCCAAGCAGUCUGUACUGCAGUCCAGAUGGCUGUCAUUGAUUUGCUUUACUCCUGGAAUAUCAAGCCAAAAACCGUGAUCGGGCAUUCUUCAGGAGAGAUAGCUGCAGCUUAUGCCGCUGGAAAGAUAUGUUACAAUCGAGCUAUUAUAUCAUCGUACCUUCGCGGAUUCAGCGUUUCGUUGUCCCAAAAGAGGGGAGGUAUCUUGGCAACCAGUCUAAGCAGGGAUGAGGCAAAGAAUGUCAUUGCUGAUAUGGGUCUGUCUGGCACAUUAUCUGUGGCCUGCGUUAAUUCACCUAAAAGCAGUACGCUCAGCGGGGACAUCGAAGCAAUCGACAAGGUUCUGGAUGCCCUACAGAACAAGGGUAUAUUCGCUAGGAAAUCAAAGACUGAUAAUAAAGCUUAUCAUUCACACCACAUGCAAGCACUCGGUCCAGUUUAUGAAGAACUUUUGCAUCGUUUUUGGCCAAAUAGUACGACGGACGGGAUACAGGUGGGGAACUAUCCAGCCAAGAGUCAUUCUGGAAUAAGCAUGAUCUCGAGCGUUACAAAGGCCGUUGUCACCGACAUAGAUGUCUGUGCACCGAGUUACUGGCGUAGUAAUUUGGAAUCGUCUGUCGGGUUUGAGAAGGCUGUCCGCGUGGUCCUGCAAGGCGGUUCAACUCAUUUUGUUGAAAUUGGCCCACACUCAACUUUGGAGCUUCCCAUCAAGGAGACAGCCAAUCAAACCAGCAAUUUGCAACAAACUGUAUCAUACAUGUAUCAUUCUGCACUUCAACGUGGCAAAGAAGCGUCUGUUUCGAUCUUAAACCUCGUCGGUUCACUUUUCCUGAACAGACACGACGAGAUCUUUUUCAAAUCAAUCCUCGAAAACGGCAAUGACUUCAAUCAUGAACCAGCCAAGGUCCUUACAGACCUUCCUGCCUACCCCUGGGACUAUUCGUCUACAUGUACUUGGAACGAACCGCGUAUCGUGGCUGAGUUCCGGAAUCGUAGGGACGCUCGUCAUGACCUUCUUGGCUCACAGAUACCGGGAGGUAGUAAAGCAAACAUAACUUGGCGAAAUAUUCUCAACAUCAAUGAAAUUCCAUGGCUAAAGGACCACAGGCUCGGGUCAUCGAUAGUCUUCCCUUCAGCAGCUUAUAUCGCCAUGGCUACUGAAGCUGUGUGCCAGGUGAACAACAUCCCACUGAUGGGAUGCCCUGGAGUGACGCUGAAAAAUAUCAGCUUCUUGAAGGCCAUGGACUUUGAUAUCGAGGAGCGGCCGCGAAUCGAGGUUUUUACGGAAAUGGAACCACUUCGCAUAUCCAAUACGACAACCUCAAAUAAAUGGUGGCGUUUUAGUGUUAAUUCCGUCUCCCGUGAUGCAAGCCAGUCUAUCCUUCACGCUGUAUGUGUUGCUAGUCUUUCUAGCAACGAUACCAAAGUAAAAUCCACUCGACGCCAAAUUAAUAUCAAUCGAACCUCGAUGGAAAAACAGGUGACCAAAGCCUGGUACGACAAAUUCACCCUGGAAGGUCUCAAUUGGGGUCCGCGAUUUGCGGUGAUGGAGGACAUUCUCUGUGACAGAGCCAAAAGAUCGUAUAUCGCUGCUGCGACUACUCAUCUUGUCUACGAGGACAGCUCUCCGGGGUAUCAAAACAAUCAUCCAAAGUACAUCGCUCACCCGAUAAAUAUUGAUGCAAUGCUGCAAACGGCCUUUGUUGCCACAACGCGUGGAUGGGCUCGCAAAUUGCGAGCCAAAGUUCCCGUCAGCAUCGAAACAGUCGAACUGUCGAGUCCAAUUUCUUUAGACAUGGAUACAACGAAGCCAUGGUUUAUGGAAGCAAUCUCCGAACCAUUCGGCUUUGGAACGGUAAAUAUCAAUGCUGAACUAAUAAACCAGCACGAUGAUUUCUUAGUUCGCAUGGUCAACGUCCGCGCCAUUCGAUUCCAGGGUAAUAAUGCCCGAAUAGACACUAAUACCGAAAUGAAAAUGCCACUGGUCAGGGUCGCAUGGAAGCCAGAUAUCACAGCACUUCCAGCAGGACCUAACUCUUGCUUCUCUAGGUAUUUGGAUUGGUUUGAAGAAACAUACUCAAAAUCAGGCAUCAAAAUCUGUGAUCUUCGCCUGGCCGGGGCUUUGGAUUUGGUUAUCUUUAAAUUCCCGAGUUCGCGAAUUCUCGCAAUAGACUGCCAACCCGGAACCAUCAAGUUAUUCAGGGAUAGCUUACGUGCUGAACACCACUUACGACGCUUUGAAACCUUCAUUGCAGUGAAAAUCGCUGACGACGGCGGCAUGAGUGUGAUCAAUGACAAUACCAAUAUGCAUUCCACCAGUCCAACAAAACCCAAUGGCAAGGGCGAAGAAUCUCAACUAGAGGAUAAAUUCGACAUAAUCGUCACCUCAAGCACCAAAAAAGUGGCGAUGGUUGAGCUUCUCAGCCCUCACGGAUUUUUCAUAUCUAUUCAAGGUCUAGAGCAGGAUAUGAGAGAAAAUGCCACAUUAGAGAUCAUUGAAGAGCCAAGCCGUAUCUUUCCCAGUGUUCUUGUACGAAACGGACAAGGAUGCUCAUCCUUGAAUAACAAACUACAAACGAUGAUGUCCGUGCUGUUCGGUUUACAAGUUCCAAUUCUCAAUUUGGACGAGGUUUCUGGGGCAACAAUACAACCUCGAGCCAUCGUAAUCUCGACACUAGAAGCGACGGCACCACUACUCAGCGAAAUAAGCGAAGAUGACAUGAAGCGUGUACAGGUGUUGACCGACAAUGCAUCCAAAAUUCUGUGGAUCACAAAUGGGGACCUUCUCUCUGGUAAACAACCAGAUUACACGCUGAUUCGGGGCAUAGCUGGUCCAUUGAUGUUAGAGCAGCCAGCCCUAAAAUUACAAGUCUUCGACGUAGAUGGCCCGUUCACAAAUGUUGACGUAACAGUAAAGAAUGACCGUCACUUUAUGGAGGCUUCGUUCUCGAAUUCGUCGGCACCUGAACCAGAAGUCGCGCAGAAAGAUGGAAUCAUUCACGCGCUACGCUGGGAGCCGGAAGAUGUAUUUAAUGCACAGUUUGACCUAAAACAGAAGGAAGGAAUGACGGAAAAUACCCUCGGUGAUAUUGGUCGGUGCGAGUUAAGCAUCAAGGAACCUGGUCAGAUGGAGACACUACAUUUUGCUGCAAAGGAGUUCGAAGAUCUUCUACCAGCUGACCAUGUCGAGAUUCAUGUUCGAAGUGUUGGAUUAAAUGCAAAGGAUCUUUAUGCUCUUGCGGCUCGAGUGGACACCAAAGGCGCAACUUGCUCCUGCGAGUGUUCCGGCGUCGUUACCGCUAUAGGCGAAAGUGUAUCAAAUUUUCAGGUCGGAGAUCGUGUCGUUGUAAUGGCCCCUGGACAUUUCGCUACUUACGAGCGGUUCCCAGAGUGGGCCGUCUGUACACUCGAGGACAAGGAAGACUUGAUAUCGUAUUCGCCACGGUUAUCUAUAGUUUUCGGUAUUGCGCUCAUCUUCAGCGUGGAGAGUCGGUCCUUAUUCACUCGGCUACUGGAGGAUUCUCGAGACUCGUCUUUUCUCGACGGCAUUCAGGCAAUGACCCUAGGCCGAGGCGUUGAUGUCGUGCUGAAUUCUCUAACGGGGGAGUUGCUCCAAGACAGCUUCCAGGCCUGUGCUGAGUUUGGCCGCUUCAUUGAAAUUGGGAAAAAGGAUAUUCUCGACCACGGAAGGUUAGAUAUGGCGACCUUUGGCCGUAAUGUGUCUUUUACCGCUGUCGAUCUGAGUAGACUAUAUUUCUCCGACCAACCAGCACAUCAUCGUCAAUCGCACAAAUUGCUACAAGAGAGCAUGAGCCUUAUACGAUCCAAGGCUACUUUGCCUUGCAUGCUGCUCAAAGUAUUCGACGUAACAAACAUCGAAGAAGCCUUCCGGUACUUCAUGAGAGGCACGAGAAUGGGUAAAGUUGCAGUUACUUUCCAAAACCCUAAAGGCAAACUCCGAGUGCUUCCAGAGAGCUAUGAAUCCAAGUUUAGCUCAAGCAAGAGCUACUUGAUGGUCGGAUGCCUUGGUGGCCUUGGUCGCAGCUUGGCUAAAUGGAUGAUGAGCCGUGGUGCUCGGCGGUUCGUCUUCCUUUCUCGUACUUCCAUAGACAAGCCGUCCGCAAGAGCACUUGUUGAAACCCUCCGCGAUAAAGUGGUAGAGGUGGAAGUAAUUCGCGGCGAUGUUGGAAUAUACGAAGACGUCGAACAGUGCGUUCAAGCUACAAAAACGCCUAUAGGCGGUGUGAUGCAAGGAGCAAUGGCGUUACAUGAGACCUUUUGGGGUGAUAUGACCCCUGAUAGGUGGCACACAGUGAUCCGUCCCAAGGUACAAGGUACAUGGCAUCUGCACAAUGUUCUGCGGAAAGAUGGGAGAGAUUCGCAACUUGACUGGUUCGUCAUGACCUCGUCGACAGCAGGCACCAUUGGCGCGGCCACCGAAAGCAAUUACUGCGCGGCAAAUGCCUUCCAGGAUGCCUUUGCGAGAUAUCACAAUAACCUUGGGUUGCCAGCUAUCGUGAUCGGAUAUGGACGGAUUGCAGGAGUGGGAUAUCUCCACGAGCAUCCUGAAAUAGAGGCUAUCAUGGACCGCAGAGGCAUUCAAGCUACCAGUGAGGAUGAAAUGAUACAGAUUAUGGACCUGGCUAUAGCCCAUCAGCAUCCUAGCAAGUGGCAGCCCGGAUAUGAUCGCCUAGCCAACGCUCAUCUACUAACGGGGAUUGACUUUUCUGGCCUCCAGUUGCAACGCAAUCAUGGAUUUGAGGGUGAUAUCCAUUUCCUAUCAGACCCACGGGCCUCUCUCUUUGCUGCAGCAUUUAGAAGAAGAAAUCUAUCUCCUGAUACUGCAAAUGGAGGGAUACCAUCGGCAUUGGUACAGGGCCUGCCGGCCGAAGUUGCCAAAACCCUGGCCGAAGGUGAUGGGAGUCUAUGCGAUGCGGUACAGGGCAUCAUAUGUAAAAAGAUGGCAAACCUCAUCCUGUUGCCUCAGAAUAAGUUGCGUCUCGAUCAGAGACUGGGAGACUUUGGAAUAGACUCGAUGUUGGCGGCCGAGUUUCGCACCUAUAUCUUCCAUGCUCUGGAGAUUGAUGUUCCGUUCAUGAUGCUUCUCGACAAGAGUACAACCGUCGGGAGCUUAUCGGCCUUUGUUCUCGAGAAGUUAAAGAAUCGACACGAGUUGCCUUUGGAGUAA